AUGGGUGGUUCUUCCGAUUCAGACUCUCACGAUGGAUAUCUGACUUCCGAGUAUAAUUCCUCAAAUUCUCUUUUUUCACUCAACACCGGUAACAGCUACUCAAGUGCAUCUCUCGACAGAGCCACUUUGGAUUGCCAAGAUUCUGAUUUUUUCGAUAACCACAAAAGUUCACUGCUAUCUGCAGAGGUUCCUAGGGUUAUUUCUAACGAUCCGUUACAUCUACCCAUCACUUUAAAUUACAAAAGAGACAAUGCAGACGCCACGUAUACAAAUGGAAAAGUUAACAAGUUCAUGAUUGUUUUGAUCGGGCUACCAGCUACUGGAAAGUCUACCAUUUCUUCUCAUUUAAUUCAAUGUUUGAAGAACAAUCCGCUAACUAAUUCUCUACGCUGUAAAGUUUUUAAUGCUGGCAAGAUGAGAAGGCAAAUCAGCUGCGCCACCAUUUCAAAGCCUUUGCUUUUGUCAAAUACAUCCUCGGAAGACUUGUUUAAUCCGAAAAAUAACGAUAAAAAGGAAACGUAUGCCAGAAUUACUUUGCAAAAGUUGUUCCACGAAAUUAACAACGAUGAAUGUGACGUGGGUAUCUUCGACGCCACAAAUUCUACCACCGAAAGAAGAAGAUUUAUAUUUGAAGAGGUUUGUUCGUUCAAUACAGAUGAGCUUUCUAGUUUUAAUUUGGUGCCCAUCAUUUUACAGGUGUCAUGUUUUAACAGAAGCUUUAUCAAAUACAAUAUUCACAAUAAAUCGUUUAAUGAAGACUACCAAGACAAACCGUACGAACUGGCCAUUAAGGAUUUCGCAAAGAGAUUAAAACAUUACUAUUCUCAGUUCACACCUUUUUCCCUAGAUGAGUUCAAUCAAAUCCAUCGAUAUAUCAGCGAACAUGAAGAAAUUGAUACGAGCUUGUUUUUCUUCAACGUAAUCAACGCGGGUGUCGUGGAGCCGCAUUCUCUAAAUCAGAGUCAUUACCCUUCGACUUGUGGCAAACAGAUCAGAGACACCGUUAUGGUCAUAGAAAAUUUUAUCAACCACUAUUCUCAAAUGUUUGGUUUUGAAUACAUCGAAGCUGUUAGAUUGUUUUUUAAAAAUUUCGAAAAUAGCUCCGGCGAAACUUUAACUACUCUAGACUCUGUUGUUAAUGAUGAGUUUUUCGAUGAUUUGCAAAGCCUAAUUGAAAGCAAUGGAUUUGCUUGA